ACGCCAUUCAGUCCCUCAGCUCUGCCUUUUACUCUCAGCGAGACCAAGAAUAAAGACUGCAAGAUUAUAGUGUCAGUUACCAUAUAUCACUUGCAGAGCAGCAGUUCCUGUGUUUCCUUAGAUCAAAUGAAUAAGUCACAGGCUAUAGAAUUGCUGGGUUCAUUUCAGCAUUUUUGUUACCGCAAGAACAAAAUAGACGACUUCAGAAGAGCAGCAAAGACGAUAUAUGGCCAGGAAUGGGAUGUAGAGCUUGACUCUGGGCAAAGGAUGCAAUUUUUCUGUACAAUUUGUAACAAGAUUAUGAACCAUGUAAAGUCCAUGUGUGAUCACAAUCGAUCUGGAAGUCACUUGAAGAACAUAUGUACCUAUAAGCCACGUGGAGUGGCUCGGAAGUACUUAAACUUACGUGACAUGCUGGAGAGCACAAACGCCAAAGCCAUCGGUCUCCAAAUGGUUGAGGAGUUUUAUGUACCAGGGAAGCUCUAUUACAAGUGCAUUUUGUGUGGAUAUCAUGAAAAGAUGGAAGCCAUGUACAAUCACGUGGUUGGUACAGAACACACUGAUAAAUAUAUUAAAAUGAGAGUGGACUGUGGUACCCAUAUUAUGUCAUUAAAACAGCGAGAGGAUCUUCGUACUUUUAUAGUUAAUGAAGAAGGAAUUCGCAUUACUGACAUAAGGCAGAUAUUAGGUAAGAGAAAGAGUGAAUGUUUUUCUUUAUGAACUAGUAUGAAUGAAUAUAAAAAAUGCAGAUA